ACGUGUGACGACACACAACCAAACAACGGAGCAGUUUGCAGCAUGACACCGAUGACUGAGCUGUUCUAACAGUUGGUAUAUAACGCGAAGUCGUCCAAGAUACAGCAUCAGUCUACUCCACAGUGCUCUGAUAACCAGUCGACGCUCCAGUGUUUCGCGGUUCGUCAAGAUGAGGCUAGGCGCUACCAUUCCCAACUUCACGGCCAACACCACGCGUGGAUCCAUCAAGUUCCACGAGUGGCAAGGGAACUCUUGGUGCUUGCUGUUUUCACAUCCUGCAGACUUCACACCUGUUUGCACCACGGAGCUGGGACGCAUUGCUGUUCACGACCAUGAGUUUAAGAAGCGAGGAGUUAAGGUUAUAGCUCACUCUUGUGACAAAUUGAAGUCUCACAGUGACUGGGUUGCAGACAUCAAAUCUUACUGCCACGACAUUCCUGGUGACUUUCCAUAUCCCAUCAUCGCAGAUGAGACCCGGGAACUGGCAGUCAAACUGGACAUGAUUGAUGAGGACAACAAAGCUAAUGAGGCAGAAGCCAUGACUGUUCGUGCUCUGUACAUCAUUGGGCCGGAUCACAAGCUCAGGCUGUCCAUGCUGUACCCAGCAUCAACUGGCAGGAAUGUUGACGAAAUUCUUCGAGUGAUUGAUUCCCUGCAGCUCACGGACAGGCUGAAGGUCAUAGCAACUCCUGCAAACUGGACGCCCGGCACGAAGGUGAUGAUCCUACCUCAUGUGAAGGACGAGGAUCUACCCAAGUUGUUCCCCAAGGGCGUGGACAAGGUCACCAUGCCAUCAGGCAUCUCAUAUGUGCGAACCACAACUGAUUACUGAGCCUUUUACUUGGAUUUCGUUUUGUUAUUCUAUACCAUGUAGUGAAAAAUAAUACAUACAUAUGAUGUUAGUUAUGGUCAUAUUAAACAUCAAUGGAGUACUGUAUUAAUAUCAUGUGGGGAUAAAAUAAUGAAUUUGUGUAAAAUUAUCUGUAAUAAAUAUGAAUGCAUUAUUAAUA